AUGGCUGGCGGCGAUCUCAAGAAGGGUGCCAACCUCUUCAAGACCCGAUGUGCUCAGUGCCACACUGUUGAGAAGGACGGCGGCAACAAGAUUGGACCUGCUCUGCACGGUCUCUUCGGCCGCAAGAGUGGUACCGUCGAUGGUUACUCUUACACCGAUGCCAACAAGCAGAAGGGUGUUGAGUGGAACGACAAGACCCUCUUUGACUACCUCGAGAACCCCAAGAAGUACAUCCCCGGUACCAAGAUGGCUUUCGGUGGCCUGAAGAAGGAGAAGGACCGCAACGACCUCAUUGCCUACCUCAAGGACUCUACCAAAUAA